AUUUCCUCAAUUUCGCGGCUGAGAGGACGUUGGAAGGAAGAGCUGCGAUUUAUUUAACACACUCGAGGGAUUAAAACGCUAAAGGAUUUGACUUGUAGCGAGUCAAAUGGCUUGUGUAACAACUGUGGGAUUAGGAGUUAUCUUUUUUCUUUUUCAGGUCUUUUCGAGUGGAUAUACGCAUAUGUCGAUAUGUACACCUGGGUUUGAGUUGGAGGAAUUUGUUUUUAAAGUACACCGAAAUCACCUUCACAGUGGCAAAAGACUAGGCAAAGUGACUUUCAAUAACUGUGAUGGAAGAACAAGAACGCUCUUUCAGUCCAUUGACAAGCGGUUUGAGAUAAACACUGAUGGAACUGUUACACUGAAGAGACAGGUGACACUUCAUGAGGGCCACAAGGUGUUUUCUGUGCAUGCCUGGGACUCCAGUGGCAUGAAGCACACGGCAUCUGUCAGAGUUGAGCGUGUCCCUGCACAGGUGGAAUCUUCCUCUGAUGUGGAUCUGACUAAAAAUAAAAGAGUAAAGAGAGGUUGGAUUAUUCCUCCAAUCAGUGUAUCUGAAAAUAGCAAAGGUCCAUUCCCAAUGAGGCUGGUCCAGAUAAAGUCGGAUUAUGCUAUUGAAACUCGGUUGGCAUACAAGAUCACUGGUGAAGGGGCAGAUCUAGACCCUAAGGGUAUUUUCACGAUAGACAGACUAUCAGGAUGGGUCAGUGUGACUCAGCUACUUGACAGAGAAAAAAAAGCAUCAUACAAACUUAGGGCUCAUGCAAACGGAGUGGACGCGGAUGUCACAGAAAAGCCAAUGGACAUUAUUGUAACUGUGACAGACCAAAAUGAUAAUAAGCCUGUGUUUACUCAAAACCCUUUUAAUGGAAAUGUUCCUGAAGCUUUGGAAAAGGGUGAAGUAUUUAUGACAGUCACAGCCACUGAUGCAGAUGAUAAAGAAAACACUGACAAUGCUGAUAUCAGUUAUGUCAUUAUAAGCCAAGAUCCACCAUCUCCAAAACCUAACAUGUUUGCUAUCAAUCCUGUAAGUGGAGGGAUUUCUGUGCUGGAAAAAGGCCUGGACAGAGAGCAAUGGUUCAGAUAUACUUUGGUUAUUACGGCCACUGACAUGAACGGAGAGGGUUUGUCAACCACUGGCACAGCAGUUAUUACUGUAACUGACAGCAAUGAUAACGCACCUCUGUUUGAGCAAUCCUCGUACACUGUAUCUGUCCCAGAGAAUCAAGUAGGGGUUGAAGUGGCCAAACUUCCAGUUACUGAUGGAGAUGAACCUGAAUCAACAGCCUGGUCAACUAAGUAUCAGAUCAUUGCUGGUGACAAGGGUGGGUUUUUCAAUAUCAGCACUGGACCCAGUCGUCUAGAGGGCAUCAUCACCACUGUGAAGCCUCUGGACUAUGAGAAGACCAAGCAGUACAUUCUGUCUGUGAUUGUUGUGAAUGAUGAUAAAUUUGUUGGUCCUUUGCCUACUUCAACUGCCACAGUCACUGUGAAUGUAAAAGAUGUGAACGAACCACCUGAGUUUAUUCCAAAGGAGAAGUUUAUUUCCAGACCUGAAAAUUUACCUGUUGGUAGUAAUUUGAUCCCUUUUACAGCCAUUGAUCCAGACACUGAAAAAAAGCAGAACAUAACUUAUAGAAUUGGAAAUGAUCCUUCUGACUGGCUCAAUAUAACAGGCUCUGGGCAGAUUCAAGUCAAGAAUGCUUUGGAUCGAGAAUCUUCCAAUGUCAAAGAUGGCAAAUACAAAGCUCUCAUUUUGGCUUUGGAUAAUGAUGUUGAGUCUCCAGCAACUGGCACAGGAACACUGGUAAUUGAACUGCAGGAUGUAAAUGACAAUGCUCCUGUUAUUAAUGAAAGGACCAUAAAAUUGUGCAAUCGUGAAUCAGCCCCAGUGCUUCUCUCUAUAACGGACAAAGAUUUACCUCCUUUUGCUGGUCCCUUCAAAGUUGAGCCCCAAGGUGAUACCAGUAAAAAUUGGUCUGUUUUUUUCAAUGAAACUGGUCAUUUUCUGAAUAUCAAGCCUCAAUCUCAGUUGGAACAGGGUGAAUACAAGGUGGUCCUGAGAGUUGCUGAUCGGGAGGGUGAAUCUCAGGAGAAUAUUAUUCAAGCAAGUGUGUGUGACUGCAAAGGAGAGGCAUUCCAAUGUACUGAUAAACAAGUAGCAGGGAUUCCACUGUUUGGAGUUCUUGGUGUCCUGGGAGGAAUCUUACUUCUGCUAUUGCUUGCUCUUCUUCUGCUCAUGUUCCUGCGGAGGAAAAGCAACUCCAAAAAAGAACCGCUCCUUCCAGAAGAUGAUGUACGGGACAACAUCUACUAUUAUGAUGAGGAAGGCGGUGGAGAAGAUGAUCAGGACUUUGAUUUGAGUGUCCUGCACAGAGGCCUGGACAACAGACCAGAAGUGUUCAGGAAUGAUGUGGUGCCCACUUUCAUGCCUGCACCUCAGUACAGACCUCGACCGGCCAACCCUGAGGAGAUCGGCACAUUCAUUGAUGAUAACCUGAAGGCUGCAGAUAAUGACCCCACAGCUCCUCCCUACGACUCUCUGCUGGUGUUUGACUAUGAAGGAGGAGGAUCAGACGCAGGUUCACUCAGCUCCCUCAACUCUUCCAGCUCAGGAAACGACCAAGACUAUGACUUCCUCAAUGAGUGGGGCCCACGCUUCAAGAAGCUAGCGGACAUGUAUGGAGGAGGAGAGGAUUAAGAAUUUUUUUUUUUUUUUUUUUUUUUUUUGGUGCAAAAGGCUCAAUGAUUUAAAUGCAAAAUAUGAGACUCUUUUAUAGUUCACUUUAUGGUCUGGUGAUUGAAUGUUUAAAGUUGGAACUGAAAUGAUAGCACUGUUCGUACAUCAACAUAAAGAUUAUUUGACUUGAAGUUUCCUCUUUUUUUUAUGGGAGCGGUCUUGGAACUUGGCUUUUUUUCACUGUAAAUUAAACUCCCAAGCAAAGAGACAUUUGAUAUGUUGCGAUGGCUCAGUGGAAAGAUGUUGUAAUGCAUCUAAGAGUUUUGCCCAGAAUCUGUUUUAUGUAAUGAUUUUGCAAAAGUUUUGGCUUUAUGUUUUCAGAACUCUGGCAUUAAAGAAAUCUAAGGCACGUAAUAUUGAAUAUUAAUUUUUUUUUUUUUUUUUUAUAGUUUCAAACACUUUUUUUUUUUUGUAUGAUAUUUGCAGAUUUCUAUUUCUGUCCAUUAUUCCCUCAGCUGCAACAAUGUUAAUGAUGAAUAUGUAUGUUUCUUUUAUAUGGUUAUGCUUUAGGUAGGUUUUACAUUGCAUAUUUUAUUAAACAGAAUACUUUUA